AUGAAAAUGGAUCCGGAUUUGCUCAGGACUCUUUCCGAGCCGGGGGCCAAACCGGAUCGGGAGGCGUUGCUGGCCCUGGGGAAGCUCCUGGUGGAGCCCUAUCUGCGGCUGGAUCCCCCCAAGGGCCCCGAUCCGGAUUGCGCGCUCCUCCCCCGGGAAAGCCCCCAGGGGUGUGCGCGGAUCCUGGGCGAGAAGACACCCCGUGCAACCCUGGAGCGGGUCCUGAACGGGAUGAGGAUCCCCUCCGGAGGGGAUCUGGGAGCCGAUCCCUGGGAGCCGAUCCCGCCGGUGGAUCUCCAGCCCCCGGGGCCAAUCAGCGGCCGGGGAAGCGGCGCAGGUGGCGUCGAUUCCCCGGGGGACGGUUUGGACGUGAGGCUGGAUCCGGAGCCAAAAGCGGCGGAUCCGGAUUUGCACCUCCUUUCAGAAGAACCAGGCCCGGGAGAACCACAACCUGACUCCUCCUCGGUGGCUCUGCCUGCAGAAAGGGGCCUGCCCUUUGCCAUGGGGUCUCCUCGCGAGGAGGCGCCGUUGGACGGGCUUCUCUGCUGGGCUCCGGAUGGAGAAAGUGGCCAGGGGCCAACCUGUCCAGGUAGCCCCCUGCUGGGACCUUCAGACUCGGCCCCCCAAGUUGGGAAGGGAGUGGACCCCUUCCCCACCUUUGGCUCGCCGGGGGAUCUUGGAUUUGGGGAAACCCAACAUCUGGGCCAGGAGGGGCUGGGGUCCCCGGAAGAUCCCCCCCGCCUGCGAGCUGUCUUCGACGCCCUGGACCGCGAUGGGGAUGGGUUUGUCCGGAUAGAGGAGUUCGUCCAGUUCGCCACGGUGUAUGGAGCGGAACAGGUGAAAGACUUAACCAAGUUUCUGGAUCCCACCGGCCUCGGAGUGAUCAGCUUUGAAGACUUCUAUCGAGGAAUAACAGCGAUCCGAAACGGAGCGGAUCCCGACAGCCAGCUGUGUACGAUGGGGUACACCCGCGAGGAGGAGCUGCCGCCGUCCGCCUGUCCCGACGAGUUUGAUGACUUUGUCACGUUUGAGGCGAACGAGGUGACGGACAGCGCAUACAUGGGCUCGGAGAGCACCUACAGCGAGUGCGAGACGUUCACGGAUGAGGACACCAGCACCCUGGUGCACCACGAGAUGCACGACGAAGUGGAGACGGACAGCGCGAUUGACUCCACCGUGCACUCGGAGUACACGGAUGCCAUCGAGGACCCGGAGAACGGAUCUCACCCCCGUGACCUCCCCUUGUGCUCGGACAUCAACGAUCACUCCAUCGUCACCGUGAUUAGCGGGGAGGAGCAGUUUGAGGAUUACGGGGAAGGGAACGAGGCGGAUCUCUUCUCGGACGGCCUGUGCAACGGGGAAAGCAGCUACAGCGGCUCGUCCUUCCUCUCUCCCAGCGCCAACCCACUCACCACCAAACUGCACAGCAUUAUCACUGACGAGGCGUUUGAGUUUUACUGUAGCCAGUGCCACAAACACAUCAAUCGCCUUGAGGACCUUUCCGCUCGCCUGAGCGAUCUUGAAAUGAAUAGUCCCAAUAAGAGACUCUCGAGCAAGAAGGUAGCAAGGCACCUGCACCAGACGGGCACCCUCACGGUGGACAUGAUGGAGGAGCCGUUCCGCAACAACAGGGAGUACCUGGAGGAAGACAUCGCCGACAAGGUGAUCUUCCUAGAAAAGAGGGUGACGGAGCUGGAAAAGGACACGGCCGCGAACGGAGAGCACCACAGCCGGCUGAGGCAGGAGAACCUCCAGCUGGUUCACAGAGCUAAUGCCCUGGAGGAGCAGCUGAAAGAGCAGGAGCUGCGAUCUGAUGAGGUCCUGAUGGACGAAAUCCGGAAGCAGCGGGAGCUGCUGAGCAAGAUGGAGCGGGAGAAGAACAUCGAGAUUGAGUACCUGCAGGCCCGGUUGCAACAACUGGACGAGGAGAGCGGCGAACUCCGGUCCUGCGUUCCUUGUCUGCGGGCCAACAUCGAGCGGCUGGAGGAGGAGAAACAGAAAUUGCUGGACGAGAUCGAGGACCUCACGGUGCAGCUCAACGAGGAACUAGAAAGUAAGCGGAAGCUGGGGGACAAGCUGAAUCACGAGCGGCACCAGUUCCAGAAGGACAAGGAAUCCACGCAGGAGCUGAUCGAAGACCUCCGGAAGCAACUGGAACACCUGCAGCUGUUCAAGCUCGAGGCGGAGCAGCGGCGGGGCCGGAGCAGCAGCAUCGGCCUCCAGGAGUACAACAGCCGGACGCGGGAGACGGAGCUGGAGCAGGAGAUCAGGCGGCUCAAGCAGGAUAACCGGAACCUGAAGGAACAGAACGACGAACUCAACGGGCAGAUCAUAAACCUCAGCAUUCAAGGCGCCAAGAACCUCUUCUCCACUUCCUUUUCUGAGUCUUUGGCAGCGGAAAUCAGCUCGGUCUCCAGAGACGAGCUAAUGGAGGCGACGCAGAAGCAAAAAGAGAUCAAUUUGCGGCUCCAGGACUACAUCGACCGGAUCAUCGUGGCCAUAAUGGAAACCAACCCAUCCAUCCUGGAAGUCAAGUUGCUCGAAGGCAGUUCGCUUGCCGGAACGACCCCCUGCUAG